AUGCAAGGAGAAAAUUCCACUGUUUGGAGUUUUUUUUUCCUGGAGGGAUUUUCCCGGUACCCACGGUUAGAGAUUGUUCUGUUUGUCUUCAGCCUUGUAAUGUAUUUGGUUACCAUCCUGGGUAAUAGUACCCUUAUUUUAAUCACUGUCCUGGAUUCGCACCUUCAAACCCCCAUGUACUUGUUUCUUGGAAACCUCUCUUUCAUGGAUAUCUGUUACACAUCUGCUUCCAUUCCUACUUUGCUUGUGAACUUGCUGUCAUCCAAGAAAACCAUUAUCUUUUCUGGGUGUGUGGUACAGAUGUACCUGUCCCUUUCCAUGGGAUCCACAGAGUGCAUACUUCUGGCUGUGAUGGCCUAUGACCGUUAUGUGGCCAUCUGCAAUCCUCUGAGGUACCCUAUCAUCAUGAACAGGCAAGUCUGUGUGCAGAUGGCCACUGUCUCCUGGGUGACAGGCUGUCUGACUGCCCUCCUGGAAACAAGUUUUGCCCUGAAGGUUCCCCUGUGUGGGAAUGUCAUUGAUCACUUCACAUGUGAAAUUCUUGCAGUGUUAAAAUUAGCUUGCAUGAGUUCGGUACUCAUGGACAUGAUUAUGCUGGUGGUCAGUAUUCUCCUUCUGCCCAUCCCAAUGCUCUUGAUUUGCAUUUCUUAUGGCUUCAUCCUUUCCACAAUUCUGAGAAUCAGUUCAACAGAGGGAAGAAACAAAGCUUUUUCAACUUGUGGUGCACACUUGACUGUGGUAAUCUUAUAUUAUGGGGCUGCUCUCUCCAUGUACCUGAAGCCUUCUUCAUCAAACUCACAACAAAUAGACAAAAUCAUCUCAUUGCUUUAUGGAGUGCUUACCCCUAUGUUGAACCCAAUAAUUUAUAGCUUAAGAAACAAAGAAGUAAAAGAUGCUGUGAAAAAACUACUGGGCAAAGUGCCAUUGGCACCAAGCAUAUGACUAUCUUUGAUUGGGUCCCUGUGACCUUCCCAAGGAUGUGCCAUUGUCAGAACUCAGCAGAGAAAUUCUAAACACCAUUCAGCUCUUUCAGACUCUGGCCUGAAUAUUAGCUCUGCAAUUUCACAGUCAUGAGGUAUUUGUUCACAGAGAAAUUUAUUAUGGAUGUAGGAGGUCCCAAGGUUCACUUACUAAUAUUUCUUGUCUUUGGUAUGACAU